AUGGUGAACCUCUUUUCGUCGGCUCUGUCGCUCGUUGCCCUUGUGUCGGCUGCAGUGCCUACCUUGGCUUAUGACUCAGAGUCGCUGAAUGCGCGUCUUGUAUAUGACCCCCAGAUUCUCUACCCGGAUUGCAAGACUGAAUGGACCGUGGGCCAGCGUGUUAAUGUUACUUGGAAUGCGAAAGACAUGCCUCGCCAAUUUAGGAAUCUGACUGGAGUGAUUCGCCUUGGUCACAUUGAAGAGGGAUCGCCUAACGAACACCUUGCUAACACGUUGGCCAAGAACUUCAAGAUGGCAGAUGGUAAUGUGACAUUCACAGUUCCCAAGGUGGAUGAGCGCAACGACUACGUUGUUGUCUUGAUGGGAGACUCGGGUAAUCACUCGCCCAAGUUCACCAUCCAUUCUGCCUAA